CAAAUAUUCAUUAGAUGCUUCCAGCAGAUCUGAAAAUGUUUGCCUUUCAACAAAACAUAUGUUCCAGCUCUAUUCUUCUUCCAAGGAAAGUUGCCUGUAAAAACAUCGACUAUGUCUACCAUAGAAGAGUUACAUUUCCGCAAAAUAAGAGGGUAGCCUUUCCAAGGAUAAUUUCACGUGCUGCUGCUGGUGACAAUGCCAAAGAGGAGAUCAAAAAUGUCUUCGAAGAUAUCAAAGAAAAGGGUGCCGACGUAUACCAUGCCGUGGAGGAGAAUAUAAAGCAAGGGGCAGAAAAAGUGUCAGACAAAGUGAAUGAACUGAAAGAAGCAGUUAAUGAAAAAAUGGAAGAUAUGAAUUCUGGUCAUUCAUCAACCAAAGAAAGAGCGAAGGAGGUUGUAGAUAAGUUACAAGAGACUGGCCAGUCAGCUAUGGAGGACAUGUCUGAGGCCAAAAAGAAAGUUGAAGAGAAAUGGGAAGACUGGAAACAAGAGCACAAAUAGUCAAAGCUAAUCAAUAUGGGGCCGAAGAGUAUGGGUCAUGUCAUUUGUCUCAAAUAAAUGGGAAUUUGUGGUUUUUUGAGGAAAAAAUCAAAAUUUGC